UGUCGCCCCGAUGGCCGCCUACCAGAUCCUUCCUCUCGGAUAGACUCCUUGAACGAAGGCUUCUGGGUUCCCAUCCACUGCUUCUUCGUCGUCUUCCACUCACUUCCUCAGUCGCCCGCCAUGUCAUCCCCGGUGAUGCUGCAUUCACAGCUGCCUCCAACCCACGCCUCCUCGCCUACCAUAGCCACCGCUCUCCUCCUCCGUACGCCAAUCUCCCCAGCAGAAGGGACAGACGCCUACCACGAUGCAUUCGGCACAUUCUGCCUCCCCUCCUUCCCCAUGAGCGCACUCGACUCGGGAGCCACCACGCCCGUUGCGGCUGGAUUCAGCUUCGGCAUGGCUGUCGGAGGCAGAGCGGGUGGAAGCGAAGGGGAAGCUCAAAAGGAAAGGAUGCGAAUGAGUGGAACCGGUGCGGGGUCAUCCAGGGGAGAUGGAGGAGCCGCACCAAGACCAGAAGAACAGCUUCUGCAGGCUUUGCAAAGGCAACAGCUUAGCAUCAACACAAACGGCAGGGACAAAAGGGCAGGUUCACCACAUCGCAACUACGCACGCACGCAGCCGACGUACGACGACAGUCAACCGUCGUCCCCAUCUUCUCCGUCUGCUCCGAAGAAGGAGAGACAGGCUUCUGAAUCGCAGGAGACUCCCCCUCGCAAGACUUCAUUUGUGCUGACAACGCACCAUGCUACCUCGUCGAGCGCUGCCUCUUCCUCUACCAAAGAUUCGAGGGAAUGGUGCGUGACGAGUAUGCAGGUCUUGUCUUCUCAGAGCUGCAAUCAUGACGACUUCGAUCGGAUGCUGAGCGAAGGACAGUGGGCGGGAGUAGUGGCUACGAGCUCCAGAGCCUGGGACAAUUGGAAGGCGGCAGUGAAGCGGUGUAAGGCCAAGGGCAAAGCACCAACUACAAACUGGCAGCAGACACCGUUCUUCCUCAUCUCUCCCCGAGCUGCAGCCACUUUCCGCUCCUCCACCCUCGAAGGCUUACCCACUGAGUGGGCGCCGUCAGCGACAAAGGCUUUCGGAUGUCCGGCCAAUGCAAAGAACCAAGGAGCGGAUGCCGAGGGAAAGGGAGCAGGAGAGGCGCUGGGUCAGUACAUCGUAGGAUGGCUGCAACGGAGAGCUGCACCUGCUCCUCUAAGCGCCACUUCCGCCUCGGGUGAACAAGCGCCAGCCACGGCUAGACCACCGCUGCUGCUCUUGCAAGGAGACAAGUCUCUGCCGGCCCUGCCAGACAUUCUCGCAAAGAAUGAAAUUCCUUUCGAAACCAUUCGAGUCUACGAGACGUGCGAAGAUUCAAGUCUGCAAGACAAUCUGAAUCGUCUGCAGCUCUUCUACACAGGUCUGGGCAUCCACGAUGUUGAAGAAGAGGCCACGCUUUUGCUCAAUAGUGCCGAGGACGUGAGUCUGGAGUUGCAGGCUCCGAGCGGCGGAGCCAGACCGGACUGGAUCGUCUUCUUCUCUCCAUCCGGAGUGGACUAUUCGGCGAGACAUCUGCGGGCGCUGGGAUGGCUGCCACCUGCCUUAGCAGCAAACGAAGAGACCGAAGCAAGUGAUGUCGACAUCGGCAGUACGAGUGUGGACUACCCCCGGUACGUGGCUCUCGGACCUACCACGGCAAAGCAUUUGCGCGAUCAAUACGGAUUAUACACAGAAGCGGACUUAGCCAAUGCCAACGGCGUAUCGUCGGCUUCUCUUUCGGCCUCUCUAGAUCAAGAGGAAGCAAUACUUCCAGAAAGCAAUGGCAAAGAGAGCGGACAUAAGAAUGGUGCAGCAAAGCCAACGAAGGAUUGCGGACCUACACAGAGUAGGGUCUCCGUGUUCAUUGCUACCAGCACUGAUCCAAAGGGCGUCAGAGAGGCGAUCAAACAGGGCGAAAGAGCGUCCGUCUGAUCACCGGUCAAAGCGAGAAGACCGAGACGUAUACGCCAGAGAGGCCUGCAUGAAUCGGCAGGUCGGAGUGAGCAGAUCGAGCCAAGUCAGAGCGGUAGCAAAGCAAAGAGCUCUUCCGCUGUAGGAGCAAGCCCUUUUUCGGACGACAUCGCUUUGUUCAGCGUGUUCAAGAAGGUUUGGGAAGCGAGCAGUCCAGCGCCAUUGACGCCAAGCGCUGCUGUUGCUACGUCGUUGCGGCAACACAGUGCCCGUCAUGUUCCGAAAUAUAUGGUCCUCCGGAAGCUCCGAGUCCCAGCUUGCUUGAGUCUCGGGCAAUACGGAGCGGACUUCUGCUGUCUGGUUCAAAGGGCUCGCUCGGACUGUCGGCUAUGUAGAAAUUAGGAGGAGAGAGGGCAAACUUGCUACAUUCUUUCGCCCAGCAUGCGGAGGAUUUAUAGACUGUCAGGACCCUCCCACGUUUCCUCCAUUAUCCGUACUCCCGAUAAUUACGAGACUC